AUGUUGAGGCUGCCAGAAGAGAUUCAGGUAGAUGUUUUCUUAAGGUUACCUGCGAAAUCUAUUUUAAGAUGUAGAUGUGUUUGCAAACCUUUGUGCAGACUACUUUAUAACCCUAAAUUCAUCAAGGAUCACCUCAACCAUAACAAGAAAAACCCCAACCUCAUGCUUAUAUUUAAUCAGUGUUACCGUCCUCCUGAGUGUUGCUCAAUAGAUAAUGCUUCAAUAUUAUCAGCGUCAUCAGCAUCAGCUUUGUCUACAAAAUGUACAUGUGAUGGAGGUAUUCGAAAGUAUAAUUGUCACCAGAGUGAGUGGGCGGAAGGUGUUCGAAUUGUGGGCUCUUGUAACGGUUUGAUUUGCAUAAACAUAAAUGGUGGUCCGAGAUUUUGUAUUUGGAACCCUUCAACUGAAGAAUACUCCCAUUUAUCACUAUUCCAUUUCUCAAGUAGUAGCUUAACAUUUGGUUUUGGUUACGACUGCCACCUUGAUGUUUACAAAUUGAUGCGAAUUGUGGCAGAUGAUCCCGGAAACUGUUAUAAUUGUUAUAUUCAAGUUCAGGUCUGUACAUUAAGAGGAAACAUGUCAUGGAAAACUAUCCAAACCAUGAACCGAUACUACUUUUUUCCUGAAGGUCCUACUGGUCACUUGGCCGUUUGGUUUUUGAAUGGAGCUCUUCAUUGGAAAGGCUUUAUCAUGCCAACGUUAUAG